UCCAUCAAAUAAACAUCAAAAGUUAAUUGUCCUUUCAUAUAAAAAAAUCAAAUUUUAAUUUAAUACUAUUAAAAACAAAGAAAAUAUCAACGAAAAUGUGAUAAAUAUAUAAAUAAGUUAAAGUUUAACUUAAAUUCAAUUGUGGUUUUAUGAUAAUUCUAUUAAUUAACACAAAAUAAACCAUUAAAAAUGGUUGGGAAAAAAAUUUUCUCAUAAGAAAAAAACCAAAAAAAAGAAAGACAACAAAAGCAAAUACAGGAAAAUAAAAUAAAAAACAACCUAUCAAAUAAAAGUAUUGUAAAGAAGUGUAUAGGCAAAGAAUAUGAAUGAAAGAAGAGAAAUAUAAAAAAAUAAAGUAAAAUAACAGUGUAGAAAUAACAACAUUAGUAAAAAAGUUUUAUUUUGUUGUUUGGUUUAAUAGUGUUUAAAAGUGUUUUUAUUUUUUACUAAUAGAGCGGCAAAUGAAGAAAGGCAACAACAACAACUUAAACUUAACUUAGGAAAAAGAAUGCAACAUACAAACAAAAAAUAAACAACAAAACUGAAAAGCAAACAAAAACAUAAACAAAAUGUUUUUGCUAACAAUGUUUUAGUUGUUGUUGGAGAUGUCCUGAUAUGAUAACAACACCGUGCAGAGAUUGAGUAAAUGAGCAUGUGUGUGUGUGCACAAGCGGUGAGAGAUAAAGUACUGCAAUCUUACAAAAAAAUAAUAAUAAUUGAACUAAGCUAAACCUGGAAAAAUAAAUUAAAACUCGUACCGCUGUGCACUUUAUGACAUCAACGCGACAUCAUUGAAUAUCAGUAGAGCCUAAGGAGUUAGUAGUUAAACUACCCAUAUUUUCCAUCAUAAUUUUCAGCAACAACGUUAGACGUUGACACUCAUCAUCAUUGUCAUCAUCGUCAUCAUCUCCAUCAUUAACAAACAGCCGCCUAGACAACCAAAGCAACUAGAACAAAAUUUAAUAAUAAUUCUGUUAUUUAGAAAAAAAAAUCUACUAACGGAAGCGGAAAUUAUAAGAAAAUUUGAUUUUAUUUUGCUGCAACUGAAUAUUUAACUGAAAAUAGUAAAAGUUAAGCUGAACUGUUAAAAGCAAAAACAUUUUAAUAUUAAAGAAGUCUAAAGCAAUUUGCGAGAGUUUCGUGAGUUUUGUAAUAAAAGUGAGCUGCCUUUUCUUGUAAAGGCUGCACUAAGCAAUGUCGCACAGUUCAUUAAAUGGUGGAGCAGGAGCAGCAGCCGCUGGUUUACUUAUAGACAGCAGUAGUAGCACAACAACAAAUACCUUUCAGGCCACUAGCAUUAUGGAUUCAUCGAGAGUCUCUACAUGCUUAAUAUCAAUGCUGUUGAUUGUCUACGGUAGUUUUCGUAGUUUAAAUAUCGAACAGGAGGCUCGAGAGCGUGAACAAAAGAAACGUAAUGAAUCGAUGACAAAUUUAUUGACCGGUGAACCAGUACAACAGGACCCAAGUAUGUAUAAGUUUGCCACCUUGGAUACGAUGCAUGCUUUGUGUUUACCUUUGGGAGCGUCCAUAUCUUUGUUAAUUAUGUUUUUCUUUUUCGAUUCAAUGCAAUUGUUAUUUGCUGUCUGUACCGCAAUAAUUGCCACGGUGGCUUUGGCCUUUUUACUCUUGCCCAUGUGCCAGUAUAUAAUACGGCCCUGCACUGAUGGCAAUCGUAUAUCGUUUGGUAUUUGUGGACGUUUUACUGCCGCUGAACUCUUUAGUUUUACUCUGUCUGUGUCAAUUGUUUGCAUAUGGGUGCUAACCGGUCAUUGGCUUUUAAUGGACGCCAUGGGCAUGGGUCUGUGUGUUGCAUUUAUUGCCUUCGUACGCUUGCCAAGUUUAAAAGUCUCCACACUUCUUCUAACCGGUCUUCUUAUCUAUGAUGUUUUUUGGGUCUUCUUCUCCUCCUAUAUAUUUAGCACAAAUGUUAUGGUCAAGGUGGCAACACGUCCGGCUGAAAAUCCAGUUGGUAUUGUGGCGCGUAAACUGAACUUGGGCAAUAUCGUUAGAGAACCACCGAAAUUGAAUUUACCUGGAAAACUGGUUUUUCCUAGCAUACACAAUACGGGACAUUUCUCAAUGUUGGGUCUGGGUGAUAUUGUUAUGCCGGGUCUACUGUUAUGUUUUGUCUUGCGUUAUGAUGCCUAUAAAAAGUCACAGGGUGUAACAAAUGAUCCAACAUUAUCACCGCCAAAAGGUGUCGGCUCGAGGUUGACAUAUUUUCAUUGUUCCUUAUUGGGUUAUUUCCUCGGUUUACUUACAGCUACUGUAAGUUCGGAAGUAUUUAAGGCUGCCCAGCCGGCUUUACUGUAUUUGGUACCAUUCACAUUAUUGCCUUUGUUGACAAUGGCUUAUUUAAAGGGCGACUUACGUCGCAUGUGGAGUGAACCCUUCAUUACCCAUCAACCUUCAAAACAACUGGAAGUCUGAGUGUUUUCUCCAAAUAAUUUUUAUCUUUACUAUUAUCUCUUAAUGUAAAUUAUAAGUUUUUAUUUUUAGUAGUAUUUUUAUACAAAAUUUUCUAUUUACAUAUAUUUUCACUCGAUAAGUUUAAUUUAAUUUAAGAUUUCAUUUUCAUUCUUCAUUCUAUGUACUUUAUUGUGAAAAAGCAUAACAAUUUAAAAAUUUAUGAAAUUCGAAUUGAAAUGAAAUUUCCUUUACGGCUGAAUUAAAUACAUAAUAUUAAAAAAAAUCUCUCUCCCUCCUUCUCUCUCUCUCACUCUCUUUUUCUUAAUGUAACUUUUAUAGUGUUUUUUUAAGAAUUUAGAGUUUUUAAAAGUGCUAGACAAUUCUGUACAAUAUUAUCUAAAGAAAUGUUAGACAAAGUCUGCAAUGAAAGAACAAACUAAAGACAUUUGAGUCGGGUUUAGAAACAAACUUAAUUUUAACAAAUUUCAUAAAAAGAACUGAAAAUGCUUUAGCACAAAUUGAAAACUUGUUUUGAAAAUUUCGUAAACACUGACACUUUGAUCUUCUUCUUGCCUUUUAAAUUGUUUUCAAACUAUAUAUAAAAAUAUUAAGUAAAUUAAAAAGAAGAUUCCAAAAAAAAAAAACAAAAAUAAAAUCUGUCACAUUAAUCUCUUAACAUAUUAUUAGAUAAAAUUUAAAACAAAAAUUAAGUAAAAACAUACAAAAUACAAUUUAGCAAUUAUAAAUAUCUACACACAUACAUACAUAUAAAAACUGAUUAAAGAAAAGGAAAAUUAAACGUGAAAUAGCAAGUAAAUAAAAGAAAAAUUAUAUUAAUAGUAAACAAACUAAAACUCAUUGACAACUUUUUGAAAUUAACCACAGAUUAACGAACAAAAAUAUUUAAAACGAAAGGAAGUAAAAAACAAAAUAUGUUUGCAAACAUUUUAGACAAACAUAUUUUAUAUAUAUUAUAUAUUAAAAUAAUGUAUAGAACAAAAGCCUAAAUGUAGUGGAUUUUAUUUUGAUUAUAAUAAUAUAAAGUUUUUAAAAAAAAUAUAUUUAAAAAUUUUAUGUUUUUUUUUA